AUGCCGUUGGAUAGGCUCAGACCUGCGGCCAGCAGUCGAUCGAGUGUCUCUGCCUUCUUCUCCUGGAGGCAGGGCUAUCAUUGCAAUUCCCAGAGAAUAGAUCCGGCCACGAAAGUUCAUCAAGCUCAGAAGCUGGUCCCUGCAGCGAACACAGCCAAGAAUUUGGAGAUCAUGAAACUGAAGCUGGAGUCAGAGAAGGUGGUGAGGGAAAGGGAUACCGCGACUCUUCCUUUGAAAUUCGAGUUGGAAAAGUGGAAGAAGGACAAUGAAAUCAGACAGAUCUCGAAACCUGGGGGACUGGAGCAGGAUAACAAUAUCGCCGAUGCUCUUCAGCCACCGCCACCUGUGGUUCGGUUCCUGAGAACAAACGAUGCUAGAUUUCUGCCCCCGAGAGCAUUUAAACCACUUCGGAUCUUGUUUUGUGGAUCGGACGAAAUGAGUAUCGAGUCUCUACGGGCACUUCAUGCCCAGCAUGUAGAGAACCCUGAGUUGAUCAAGUCUAUCGAUGUUCUCUUUCGACCAGCAAAGCGAAGUGGGAGAUCUAUGACUGAACUCCGAGAAUUGCCCAUCAAAGCCGUUGCUGAGGAGCUGGGCCUGACGACCCAUGAGAGAGAUACCUUUACGGGGUGGGACCUGCCAUAUCCCGACGGCGAGCCCAUCAACCUCAUCAUCGCAGUUUCAUUUGGGCUGUUUAUUCCCCCGCGAGUUCUUAAAGCUGCUGAAUACGGAGGUCUAAACGUCCAUCCAUCUCAGUUACCACAGUAUCGUGGGCCUUCGCCCCUGCAGCACACGAUCAUGGACUAUUGCAAAUACGCAGGCAUCACUGUUCAAACCCUAGAUGACAAAUCAUUCGACCACGGCAUAAUCCUGCGUCAAACAUCUGUCCGGAUCCCCGAUCACGAAAGAAUCACUUAUCCAGAUUUAGUCGGUUUUAUAGCACCGAAGGCAGCACGUUUACUUGUUCAGAGCUUGCGAGAACGCAUCUUCUUACCGCCGCUGCUGACGAGGUUGAGCCCAAAAAUUCUACCCAAAAGAAUCAAACGCGCACCAAAAAUUACAUCCGAAGACAGAAAGAUACGUUUCAACAGUCCCGAAGUCGCUUGGCAGGCGCCUGCGCGUGCUCGUGCCCUCGGCCGGCUGUGGUCCAAUUUCCUUAUCGCCCCAGGAAAAGAACUGCGUCUCGUAUUUGAUGGCAUUGAGAGAGUGGAGAGGCCAGAACUUCUCACAACUACCAGCAAAGUAGCGAAAGAAUUAGCCGAGGAAGCAGAUGAUGGGAAGCUGGCGAGAGAAUUAGGCCCGUCUGUGACCCCCUCUGAUGGCUACGAACCGCUUGAGAUCAGGCUGCAGCGGAAGCGUAUCCACUUCGCCGUCCCGGCCAAGCCCCCUCCGGUAGAUCCGUCCCUAGAUAUAGGCCUCAAGCCGGUGUUCUACAUCAAUGACGAGGAUUCGGUCAUUUUUGCUGUCAGGCAUGGAGCCCUCCGGGUUAGGCACAUCACUGUGGAGGGACAACCAAAAAGGGAUGCCAAAACGGCGAUGAAAGGCAUCAGGAAAAGCUGGGUAUGGCGUCUCAAACUCGAGGAGCAUCCAGUCGAACCCCGGAAGGAUAUCUGGAGAGUUGAACCCGCCGGCCUCAACGACAAACGGGAAUGGCUGGAGCAGAAAGCCCAGGAACGGUACGAUAGUGGCGACGGCAUAUUCGCGGCUGCAGGUUUCUGA